AUGGCGUCCUUCGAGAACUUCGAUGACGACCGCGACCAGAUAUACAUCAGCGGGCUGCCCCGGGAUGUCACAGAGGAUCAGCUGGCUUCCCACUUCGGGCAGAUCGGUACCAUCAAGCUGGACAAGAAGAAGCGCCCCCCGACACCCAAGGCACGCAUCGGGAUCUGGUUGUACCGAGACAAGGCCACCGGGCAGCUGAAGGGCGACGCCACCAUCACAUACGAGGACCCCUUCGCAGCCAGUCAGGCCCCUUCGUGGUUUGACGGCAAAGAAUUCUUGGGCAAGUGA